CAAAAACACUGUAUACUAACUUUAGUGGCCAUUAAAGAGCCUCUGCAACUGUUUAACAUUCAAGGUUGUGGGGAAUUUCAAGGAACGACCAAAUAGCUCAUACCUCCUUAUGAUCAACAAAUAUCCUUCGAACCAUUGAUUUGGUUCUUUGAUUGGGAAUAUUAAUUCGACUUACUGUUUUUGUCUGUUCUCUCUUUUAUGUCUCUAACGCAUUCUACAUGUUCCACAAAUUAUUUAGGGCGUUCAGUAAAGUUGCGCAACAUUCCAAAUCUCGUCAGAGAAACAUCGUACGGGACAAUGUUUAUGCACGCCGAGGUCUAUGUAAUGCCUCCAAGCUCUCUGGAGUGAAUCUGCACCUUUCACGUUUGGAAAUUUGCAUAACGUCAUUGGACUCACAUACUAUUCCCCACCUUUGAAUGUCUAUUGCUGCUUCCAUUCAAAGCCUUCUUGCCGAGAGAUCAUUAAAGAAUGAAAGGCAUGGCUAGAACUCAGUCAGUGGCGGGGACAUUUCCAAAGGGUUUAAGUAUCAUUCCCAAGGUUGCUGCCGUCAAUAAGAUUAGUGUAUCCCUCAGAAGCCAUAGGCGUGAUAUAAAGAUAUCAUGCUCUGUGGAUGGGAUGGCCAAGUUGGAGAAAGAAGUGAAAUUGUGGGGAGGGCGUUUUGAAGAAAGUGUUACUGAUGCUGUGGAGAAGUUCAGCGAAUCAGUCUCAUAUGACAAGAAACUCUACAAGCAUGACAUCGAUGGCAGCAGAGCUCAUGCUUGCAUGCUUGCCAAACAGGGUCUUAUAACUGCAGAUGAUAGAGAUGCUAUACUGAAUGGUCUGGCUGAAAUUCAGAGAAAUAUUGAAAGUGGAAAAUUUACUUGGAGAGCUGAUAGAGAAGAUGUUCAUAUGAACAUAGAAGCAGCCUUGACAGAUUUGAUUGGAGAGCCAGCAAAAAAGCUUCAUACUGCAAGAAGUCGAAAUGAUCAAGUUUGUACUGAUGUGCGCUUAUGGUGCCGGGAUGCCAUUGAUCGAAUUCUGGGAUGCGUAAACCGCCUUCAGGUGGCUUUGAUCAACUUAGCUAUUCAAAAUGAAGGCUUGAUAAUUCCUGGCUACACUCAUUUACAAAGAGCACAACCGCUAUUAUUGCAACACCUCCUUCUUGCAUAUGUUGAACAGCUUGAACGUGACUCUGGACGGUUGGUUGAUUGCAAAACUCGCUUGAACUUUUCUCCUUUAGGGGCUUGUGCACUGGCUGGUACUGGGCUUCCAAUUGAUAGGUUUGCAACUUCAAGAUCACUAGGAUUUACUGGACCCUUGAGAAACAGUGUUGAUGCAGUGUCUGAUCGGGAUUUUUUACUAGAACUUCUUUCAGCCAAUUCUAUUAUUGCUGUCCAUCUAUCCCGCCUAGGCGAGGAGUGGGUUCUCUGGGCAUCUGAGGAGUUUGGCUUUCUUAUUCCAAGUGAUGCAGUCUCUACAGGAAGCAGCAUAAUGCCACAGAAGAAAAAUCCAGAUCCUAUGGAGCUUGUCCGUGGGAAAUCUGCUAGAGUGAUUGGGGAUUUGACUACUUUGUUGGUACUUUGCAAAGGAUUACCACAAGCCUACAACCGUGAUCUACAGGAAGAUAAGGAGCCUUUAUUUGAUAGUGUGGAAGCUAUCAUAGCAAUGCUUGAGGUCACAACUGAAUUUGCACAAAAUAUUACUUUCAAUUGGGAGCGCAUCUCUAGAUCUCUACCUGCUGGACAUCUUGAUGCUACAACAAUGGCUGAUUACCUUGUAAAUAAGGGUAUAGCCUUCCGAACAUCUCAUGAUAUUGUGGGAAAAGCUGUAGCACUAAGCCUUACAAAAGGAUGCCAACUUUCAGAGCUCUCUUUAGAUCAACUGAGGCAACUACAUCCGGUGUUUGAAGAUGAUGUCUACAGUUUUAUUGGUGUGGAAAAUUGUAUCAAAAAGUUCUCUUCCUAUGGCUCUACUGGCUCCAACUGUGUAUCUGAGCAAAUGAGUUUCUGGUGUGACAAACUAAAUUUGAGCAAAUAAGGAGAAAAGGAUGCAUGCAAAUUAUUUCUUGAAAAUUGCCCACUCAAAACAUUCCCUGUUUUCCAAGUUUGCUUCUUGAUGAAUAUGACAUAUAUCUAAGCAUUUUGAGAUGUUAACAAUUUCCUUGACAAGAGAUAUUAUAAGAAUAUCUUUCAGUGCUUUCUCUAUUUGAAGUACAUAAGACAUAUCCACAUUAUUUAUGGUCCCUUUGUGGGGAGAGCUGAUUAAGGUGGUGUCAACAACUCUAUCCAUAGGCAAGCAAAUCAAUUUCUGUACAACAAAUUUACCUUAAACAAGCUGGAAUAAAAGAAUGCGUUUAUCACGAGAAUGAGAUAACGUCAUGAGUUUACAUAGA